GCUCGGUCUGGACAUUCAUCAGUUCGUUUUUGCACCGCAAAUCCGUCGACAAUAUUUUACCGAACAACGACCAAUCAACAAUAAACAAACAAAAAAAAAAAUGGCCGCUAAGUUGAUCAUUUUCGCCGCUUGCGUGGCCUCAGCUCUCGCUCAAUACUCCGCUCCAGCCUAUAAACCAGCCUACCCAGCACCCGCAUACCCAGCACCUGCUUACGCCGCACCGAAGGCCUACGCUCCGGAACCCGCCUACCCACCAACCCCGUACAACUUCGAGUACUCCGUAAACGAUCCACACACCUAUGACGUCAAGAGCCAACAGGAGUACAGCGACGGCAACGGUUACGUCAAAGGAUCGUACAGCCUGGUUGAACCCGACGGUUCCACCCGCGUGGUCGAGUACACCGCCGAUGAUUACAACGGUUUCAACGCCGAGGUGAAGAAAAUCGAAGGAGGAUACAAGGCCCCGUACAGCGCACCAGCUUACAAACCAGCGUACGCCGCCCCGGCUUACCCGGCCCCAGCUUACCCAGCACCGGCCUACAAACCAGCCCCGUACAAGCCAGCUUAUUAAUCCGUCCCCCGGCACGUUUGGGGACUAUUCGUAAACGGCUUCAGGGUCGUCCUCUUCUCGCGCACUGUCCGUCUUUCAACGAUGUGAUUCGCUGUACCACUGUGUCUACCACUGUUCUCGCGGUGGCCGGCGAGCAAUUCGUCAGCUCAUCCCUUCUAAUGUUGUAAUUUAGUCAAAUGAUUGUGUACAUUACCGUGUAAAUAAAUCACUCAUCGUUUCAUCCAAAUA